CGUCAUCCUUGUCGUAACGUACUCACAUUGCCACUCAGACAAACACGUUAGUACUACUUGUGGCUGUAGGCAGCUGUCAUGGACCACAUUAAAGAUGGUUGGUUUACUGAAUUGGGCACACUGUGGCCGGGACAAGCAAUGAGCCUUCAAGUGGAAGAGGUCCUCUACAACAAGAAAUCCAAAUUUCAAGAUGUUAUGGUCUUCAAGAGUAAAACCUAUGGCAAUGUCUUGGUGCUGGAUGGAGUGAUCCAGUGCACAGAGAGAGAUGAGUUUGCCUAUCAAGAGAUGAUUGCCAACCUUCCACUGUGCAGCCAUCCUUGCCCCAAGAAGGUGCUGAUUAUUGGCGGUGGAGAUGGCGGUGUGCUAAGAGAAGUGGUGAAGAAUCCGCUGGUGGAAUCGGUGGUUCUGUGUGAGAUAGAUGAGGAUGUCAUUAAUGUGUCGAAGAAGUUCCUCCCAGGGAUGGCCAAAGGGUUUUUCAGUCCCAAGCUCACCCUCCAUGUUGGAGACGGUUUUGAAUUCAUGAAGCAGAACCAGGAUGCCUUCGAUGUCAUUAUAACUGAUUCCUCAGACCCAGUCGGGCCUGCUGAGAGUUUGUUCAAGGAGUCUUACUAUCAACUGAUGAAGGCAGCAUUGCGAAAUGGUGGAAUUCUUUGUUCCCAGGGAGAGUGUCAGUGGCUCCAUUUGGAGCUGAUAAAGGAGAUGUGGACGUUCUGCAGGACCCUAUUCCCUGUGGUGGACUAUGCUUACAGCACCAUCCCAACUUAUCCCAGUGGCCAAAUUGGAUUCAUGCUCUGCGGAAAAGAUCCUGAAACAAAUUUCAAGGAACCAGUGAAAGCUCUUGCAAAAGAAGACAUAGAAAAUAUGAACCUUAAAUAUUACAACCCUGAAAUUCACAAAGCAUCAUUCGUCCUCCCCGAGUUCGCAAGAAAGGUACUCAGUGACGCAUGACCAGCAACAACUGAUCACCAUGCUCAUCCUCUACCUGGCCCUCAGACCACAGUUAAGCGACCUUAUUGUACUGCUUCUCCACCUCCUCAACACACUUCAGCGCCACUGAAACGGCCACAUAAAGAUUUUAUGUGUGGUGGUAACUAAUAAUCAGUGGGUGGCAACAAGCUGAUUUACACAGAGAAAGUGUUAGUUCGUUCCUUUCCUUCCAGUCUUACAUUCUCUUGGUGUUUUAUUUAUUUUUCUCGUGUAUUUGGGUUUUCAUUUUUACUCUGUAAUUAUCAGCAUUUUGUGAAGAAUUAUUUGAUGGGCUGGGCUGAAAGGGAAGCCAUCAAAACUGACCUCACUCUGAAACAUGGUAUUGUUUAUUGGAUUCACUGCACCGACACAUUAUGCAAUAUGUUACAUACCAUAUAGAGUAUGUAGCUGUAAUGUUUGAUAUCGGUUUGUUCUCAUAGGAUAAUGCACAGUUGCCAUCUGUCAUUACUGUUUAUUCAGAAUACUAAUGUGUCCUCUACACAUGAUCCCUAUAGUGCCUGAAAUUGGUUGUUUGUUGUUGAAAAAGGAUUUUUUUGUUUCUGUUGUAAUCGUAGUGUACCAGGCAUAUAGUGUCCUAGAUAAAAGCUCACAUGUCAAGAAUUGAGAAAAUUGUCCCUUUAAAAUAUCAUCAAUUUAAGAUCAGGUUAAUGUAAUUGAUGCUCAGCUUUGACCAUCAGUUUGACAUGGAAGACUUUAAUGUUACGGUGUUGGAAUGCAAAUUAAGUAAAAAAAAAUUAAGAAAAAAAGAAAAAAAAGUGGUAUUGAAGCUUUGCAAUGCAAGAAAUGUCUUUUUAAGAUGUGAAUUCAUACCGCAAUUAUAAGUUGCAGUAUUGGGUAUUGACCACUGGGAGUGAGCUUGUACUGUAGUAAGCCUGUAUGCUGAGUCUUACACCAGGAUGCUGUUCAUUUCUCUCUCAAUGGAAAUCUAAUGUCUCAGUGUGGUUUAUUUGUUUGUGGAUCUAACGUCAAACAUCUUAAGUUACUAUCCACAUUGAAUACUUGUUGAGAAAUAGUGUCAUACCCAAGCAACGAAUUUGUGUUUUUAUAAGAAUUAUGAACUGUAAUAAAUUGAUAACAUAAAAUGGAAA